GUCUACAAACGACAACAAUCAUGGCAGGUCGCGGAAAAGACGGGAAAGGUUUAGGCAAAGGAGGCGCGAAACGUCACAGGAAAGUCCUCAGAGAUAAUAUCCAGGGCAUAACCAAACCUGCCAUCCGAAGACUGGCCAGGCGGGGUGGUGUGAAAAGAAUAUCUGGAUUAAUAUACGAAGAAACUAGAGGCGUUUGGAAGAUAUUCUUGGAGAAUGUGAUUCGCGACGCAGUCACUUACACAGAGCAUGCGAAAAGAAAAACGGUGACAGCAAUGGAUGUUGUGUAUGCUAUGAAACGCCAAGGUCGCACGCUCUAUGGAUUUGGCGGAUAAGAGUGCA